AUGAAAGCGAACAAUAAACAUCACCCCUCGUUGCCAGAACGGAAGAAUGAGGACGAAAACAGGAAGUCCAUCAACGCUGUCUAUCAGUGUGGUAUCUGUCAACAACUCUUCGAGACCGAGUCGGAGGCCACCGAUCACUUCCAAGACUGUAGCACUGGCAAGAAGGAAGCUCGGGCCCACUCAUCGGCGGACGCCAAAUCGGAUAAUCCCGCAGUCGGUAAUUUCCAAGUCAGCGUUCUGGACUGCCAAUCGUGUACUUUCAGAACAAUCCGUGAGGAUUCCAUGCACAGUCACAUCAUCGAUAAACAUGCGUCGUCAGGUUCCUACAGCCGGAAAAGCACUCGUUUCGCGAAAACACCGACCAUCAUCAGGAGGAAACGAGAUGCGAGCAGUGGAUUCUCUUGCCAUAUUUGUCGCUACAAAUCAGCCUCAUUCAAUAAGUUCCGAUCACAUGUUCACCAACAGUCGAUCAACAACAUACCUCCUCUGGAAAUCGAGUUUCGGUGCUCGACCUGCUCGAAGAUGUUCGCGAGCUCCGGAGCCAUGUCCGAGCACCCGCAGAAUUGCGGACUGACGGUGGAGCAGAGCCUGGCAGAACUGUUUCCUCACACUCUCUGUGAGGAUUGCUCGUUCGGCACCAAUUCGAAGAACAUCCUGGAGUAUCAUACUAUUUCGCUCCACAGCACCUACCCUUGCUCGGAAUGUAGCGCGAUUCUCCAGACGAAAAAAGCCCACAUAGCCCACAUGCAAGCCAAACACGCACAAGUUUGUCCCCAUUGCAAUAUUAUUUUUCUGUCUCAGCAAGCCUUCCUCGAGCAUGAGGAGAAGCAGCAUUCGAAAGGAAUCACCUGUGACAUGUGCAAACUCCAGUUCUCCGACGACAAGAGUCUCAGCUCACACAUGUCGAAACAUACUGCCAGGACUUGCUCCGUUUGCGAAAAACUGUUCGAAACUGUCGACGGUCUUGAGCAACAUAUGGUCGAUGUCCACCCCAAAAUCAACAUGCUUGGCAAGAACGUUUGUAAUUCUUGUUUCCACGUCUUCUGUACGGCAACGGCUCUGGCAACGCACUCCGAAGAGUGCACGGUGUCAUCAGGGAUUUGCAUACACUGCGGCGAGUCAUGUGGAUCUCUGGAGAACGUUCUCAAGCACAUAGAGACGAAACACGAGGAGAUCGAAAUCUACGAGUGCGCUUUAUGUGCUCACCGUACCAUAGAUAGUACGGUGCAUCUGAAUCAUCAAUUGAUACACAUGGCGCUCCCAGCGACCGUAGGCAAAUCGACGUACCAAUGUAAUCUGUGUCAAAAAUGGACCACUUCAGCAGGAUCACUGCGGACGCACCUCAAUAAUCACAACAAAUUGAAGCCGUACCGCUGCGAGUUCUGCGAAUUUACGACGUCUUCGAGCGGGAACCUCCGGGCGCACCGAGCCGUACGUCAUCUGCACACAACGGAUAGCGUCAAAUGUCAGAUUUGUAAUCGGAACCGCACGGCGAGUCAGAUGAAGAAACACCUACGGAUGACGCAUUAUCAGACUUUGAAUUAUCAAUGUGGUAUUUGCGAGAAUCGAUUCGUGACUGAGCUGAGGCUAAAACGUCACUUGGCCAUCGUGCAUUUCGAUGACUCCGAAGCGGUAAAUGGCGAUGAGCCUUACGCAGGCCUGUCCCGCUUCCGCUGCGAGAACUGUCCAUUCAGCUCGUACUCGGCGAACCGGUUCCGUCUCCAUCGCGCCACCCACCGCGACCGGCUUGAAUGUCCGUAUUGUGAUCUCAGUUUCCCACUCCUCGACGUUCUCAAUCGUCACAUAAACGUUCGUCAUUUCAAAAAGCACGUUCCCUGUCCAAUCUGUGCUCGACGACUCCCGAACGAGGCUCGACUCAAACAGCAUAUGGAGGCAUGUCAUGCCAGUGACGAGAAGGAGCUCAAGUGUUUAACUUGUGGAUUCUGCUUUGAGUCCAUCGCGCACCUGGAGUACCAUUGUCGGAGUCACUUGACGGUCAGGAACUUCGAGUGUCCUACAUGUAAGAAGACGUUCACGACUGCCGCGUCGCUCUGCGUGCACCGGCAACGGCACACGAGGUUGGAGGUGGGAAACAAGGGAAAGACGUACGUUGGCAAUUCGAAUUGGGUGUUCUACUGUGAUGAGUGCAAGCUCCGCUUCAAGUACAAGAGCAGUCUGUUGGCUCACCAAAUGGUAGCCCACUCCGAGAAGACUGAGCUCUCGUGUCACAUCUGCUCGAAGCAGCCCUUUGGCUCUAAACUCCUUCUCAGUUAUCACAUCCGGAAGCAUUUGGAGGAACGCGCCAACACGUGCGAGUUUUGUCAGAAGAAAUUCUUCUCGCCCGGAGCACUGAAAAAUCACGUCAUCUCAGUUCAUACUAAAGCUUACGAAAUAUUCUGCUCGAUAUGUGAUAAAGGUAUGCUCAGUCAAGCGAGACUAGAGAUGCACAUGAUUCAUUCUCAUCGUGAUACGAAGAAACGGAGAACGAAAAAGCUCAAAGUUGUACAGGAAGAAAUAGAGGAAUUCCCCGAGCCGAUUCCACUCGAACCGCAUCCAGAAGAGCUCAUGACGGCUGAUGAGACGAUUUUGAGUCAGGAAAUUGUGAUUUCGACCAUCGACGAGCAUCCACCAGCGGAAGAUCCGACCCCGAUAUCGAAUGGAGCGAAUGAGGACUUCAUAAGCCGAAUCCUCGACGAUUCAGACCCUCAGCACCUCGUGCAGAUAACUGUCGGCUCUGACGGGGAUCAGAUCGGAGAAGUUGAUCUCACGGGAUACGUCAUGGAAUAG